UUUAACAUUUAUAUUUAACAUUUAACAUUUACAUUUAUAUUUAACAUUUACAUUUAUAUUUAACAUUUACAUUUAGACUUUUGCACAUUUAACUAAAUGUGAGAAAACAUGUUGUGUCAUUUAGUUAAAUGUGAGAAAACUAGUUAUAGGUUCUACUUUUACAUUUGGCACCCCAUACGCCUGCGUCGUUUUCGAUGGACUCUUCCAACUACGUCGCUAAACUCAACGAGUAUUCGCAGAAGACGCGGUCGCAGCUGAACUAUAAGGACCUUGGCUCGAGUGGCCCCGGUCAUGACAGUGAGCUGUCAUUGGCGUCAACGUCAUGUGGAGACAGAGCAUCUAUGACUAAAUCGAACGCCAAUGAGUCAUCCUCACAUGACGAGCCAAUGAGCAUCAGUGACUUUGUAGUAUUCAGAUAUUCAUCAAACCAUCCAGAGGAACAGAUGAGCCUCGGCUCGAUAAAAAGCCCGUCCCCUUUACCUUCAGCAGGUUCUCUGAAGACGUCCAAAAAAGGGGAAGUGAAAUUGUGGCAUUUAAAGCUAAGAAGCAGGUACGUUAUUAAUCUCAGCAAUAUAAUUAUGUUGUCUGAAGUUAUGUCAUUCUUGAAGGAUGAAGAGAUAGAACUUGGCGUCAGUAAAACAUCAACUCCUUCCAGAUUCACAGCAGAGUUUGAUUCUAUUGAGCACCUCGGCAAAGGAGGCUUCGGUUCUGUUUACAAAGCCAGAGAGAAACUGCUGGACACAUGUUGUGCUGUGAAGGUUGUCAAGUAUCAAGAGAAAGCUCUGCGAGAGGUGAAGGCGCUGUCAGACCUCAGUCACCACAACAUAGUUAGAUACUACAGCUGUUGGUUGGAGGACUCACCGUACAAACAGGAGCCCGGCAGCCUGAGCUCUGAGUAAGUCCCUUCAGAACCUUAUUAAACUGUACGUCACAUAUCUACUCAAAGCCUGAGCGUCUGUUUUAUUAUUUGCUUUUUUAGGUCUACCAGUGCUUCAUCAUCACAGUAUUUAUAUAUUAAGAUGGAAUUAUGUGACACCAAAACCCUUCGGAACUGGAUAAGGAACAGGAACCAGAGGACUGAGGACAUCAAGAGACGAGAGGAGAGCCUGAAGAUCGCUCAGCAAAUUGUGCUCGGAGUCGAGUACAUUCACUCCAAAUAUUUCAUUCACAGAGACCUGAAGCCUGAUAACAUCAUGUUUGGACAUGACAAAGCAGUGAAGAUCGGGGACUUUGGUCUGGUCACUGCUGAGGAUCGUGCUGAUGACGGACACCGGCUAAAGAGAAGCAAAGCUGGAACCAAGUCUUACAUGGCUCCAGAACAGAAGAAUCAUCCGGAGUACGAUCACAAGGUGGACAUAUUUGCUUUAGGCUUGAUUUUCUUUGAACUCCUUUGGAAAAUGUCUACCAGCCAUGAAAAAGUGGAGACUUGGGGGAACGUCAGAUGUCAGAAGUUCCCUGAACCAUUUAGAGAUUCUUUUUUCCAGGAGUUUGUCAUUAUGGAUGGAAAACAGUGUACUGCGAGACUUAAGAAGUAUGCGCGAACGACUGGAUCAGCCCUGGAAUUCCAAAGGGUAGAGCAUAAUGGCGAUAGAUUCAUCUACCGGGCAGUUAUCAAUGGUCAAUAUUUUGACAAUGGUGUGGGGGAGAACCAAAAGAAAGCCGAGGAGAAUGCAGCUAAAAUUGCCCUGAGUAGUUUGAGUGAAAAGGAAAAUCAGAGGCCAGUGGGAAUUAUACCUAAACUCAACUAUAGACGUCUGCUCAAUGAAUACGCUCAGAAGAACAGGAUGUUUAUAAAAGCUGUUGAGACACAAAGACUGAAAUCAAGGAAUUCUUCACCAUGUUGUAGUUAUGUGGUUGGUGGUACGAAGUACCCAUUAGCCUCUGGAAAAACAAAGAAGGAAGCCAAGGAAGAAGCUGCUAAGCUUGCUUAUCAUGGGAUAAAUGGCAGUAGAACUGCAGAGGUGCCCUGUUCAGCUUUGUGUGAAGCUUUUGAACAGCUGCUUACACCACGCACAAUACUAGACUUUAGUGAUGGUGAAUCCAAUAAGACAAAUAAGAUGACAGCAACAAAGGUGACAGCAAGAAGCGAUUGUGUUGAAACAAACCCUCCCAAGACUCAGGACACAGUGGUUUCUGAUACAGGAAACAAUCUUGGUGUUACAUUUAGGAACAAAUCAGAAUUUGACUCCAUUGAGCCUCUGGGUAAAGGAGGGUUUGGCCAUGUUGUCAAGGCAAGAGAAAAAGUAUUGAACAAGUUCUUUGCUAUAAAGAUUGUCCCCUGUAAAGACAGCAAAAAAGCUCUGCGGGAGGUGCAGGCCUUGUGUGAGCUGGAGCACUCUAACGUCAUUCGCUAUUUCUCGUCUUGGCUGGACGACACCGGAUGUCCAUGGGACAGUGCGGGCGACAGUUGGAGCACUUCACAGUCGGAAAGUUCUCUGGCUACAACGUUUCUAUAUAUUCAAAUGGACCUGUGCGACACCAAAACACUUAAAGCCUGGAUAGAUGAAUGUAACACCCUGGGUGUAAGAAAUUCGCUGCCAAACAAGAGGAGCAUAAAAGGCCUUGACUUUGUUUUACAAAUUGUCUGUGGAGUUGAGUACAUUCAUUCUAAGAUGUUCAUCCACAGAGACCUGAAGCCAUCCAACAUUCUGUUCAAAGGGGGCAGAAACUUAAAGAUUGCAGACUUUGGUCUUGUCACUACUGAGAAGGAUCACAAUGAUGAGAACAUGGAGAGAACAGUGAAUAGAGGAACCCCUACAUAUAUGGCCCCUGAGCAGACAUGUGAGAACAUAUAUGACCGAAAAGUUGAUAUAUUUGCUUUGGGGAUGAUAUGCUUUGAAAUUCUCUGGAAAAUUUCCACUAGUCAUGAGAGAGUAGAGGUUUUGAGCAACAUGAGAAGACAGGAAUUUCCCGAGGAGUUCUCACAAAACUUUUAUUCAGAGUACAUGAUCAUAAGACCAAUGCUGAAUGUAAAGCCAGAAGAUCGGCCUGAAGCAAGUGCUGUUCGAACCACACUGGAAAAGUCCAAACACACCCUUGACACUGAAGAAACUGUACGUCGCAGCAACAGGACCAUCUGAUUUAGUAGAAUGAAAGAUUAAUGUAUUUCAUCAUGCUUGGAAAGGGCUUGGUGCAUAUAAGGCCUCAUCAGUUUGAUGAUGACUGUUAUAUCUGUAUUGUUAAGGACACUAAGGAUCAGUGAAGGUAAAACUGUUUUGAUAGCCUGAAAUAACACCAGGAUGCUGGCUGUCAUCUUGGAAACAUACAUUUUUUGUCUCCAAUAUCAGGGCAGUUAUUUAUGGAGAAGUAACUUCUGAAGUCUAAAAUGUUUCUAAAAUGUUAUGAUAUAAUCUGAAAUAAGACAAUCAAAAUGUGUAAUGUGAGACGGGAGAUAACACCACAGUUUGUGUCACAAUUGCUGUUGCAUCAUAAAACAUUUCAUACUAUCUUCUGUACAGUUAUGUGUAAAUGUAGCCAUUAUUGCUCCGUUUUUACUGCCUUUUUAAUGAUGUCCUGUUGAGGACUUUUGCACCACAAAGUACCAAAAGCUAAAGUGUAUUUUGAAGUCGAGGUAUGUGGGGGUUGCAUAUUAUAUUAUGGUAAGCAAAUUUCAGAGAUUUUCAUAAUAAAAGUGGCUUGAUACCACAUCA